AUGGGAGUGGAAAUAUCAAGAGAAAUUCCUUUCAGCCAAGAAGAACUUUUAAUGCUUGAGCAAAGAUUCAGGCGCCUAGAUAUAGAUGGAAGUGGAAUGCUCGAACCUAAUGAAUUUUUCGAUAUUCCAGAGCUCGCUCAGAAUCCACUGGUUCAGCGUGUAAUUUCUGUGUUUGAUAAGAAUGGAGAUGGCAAUAUUUCUUUCUAUGAGUUUGUUACAGGCCUUUCCAAGCUUUCCGAAGCAGGAUCAGAAGACGAUAAGCUGCGCUUCUUAUUCUCGAUCUACGAUAUGGACAAAGACGGCUUUAUUUCCAACGGAGAGCUCUUUAGAGUACUAAAAAUGAUGGUUGGAAAUAAUUUAACUGACAUUCAACUGCAGCAGCUGGUUGACAGAACACUAAUUAGAGCUGAUGAAGAUUUCGAUGGGAAAAUUUCUUACCCUGAGUUCUGUAAAAUGGUAAGAGAUAUGGACAUUGGCGAAAAACUUACCCUUCAUUUAAAAUAG